UAUAGUCAUGCGCCUGUUAUAUCAUAGCAAAAAUAGGUUUAAAGAAACAAGAACAACAUGUAACCUAAUUAUUUUUACCCAAAUCGAAAGUGACUCCCUGAAGACGAAUGACAUACCGAUGAGUCAUGCUACCAAAGUAGAAUGCAUACGACUGUCAUAUAUACAAAGGUGGGCUUGACGGAACAAGAACAGCAUAGCUAAGUAGUCAAAACCAAAAAGUGGUUCCCUAAAGACGGUGGCAGAAAAUCAUGAGGAAAUCUAGUCUGAAUAGGAUUGCAAAUGAUUCCAACGCAGAGGAAAGGCCAGCACAUUCUUUGUUUGCUGGUGUUUCCCAAACCUCUGGAACCCAAACUGAUCAGAAAAAUCGACAAAAUGCGAAAAAGAAAGCUAAUACCAGUACUGUUGAUCCGAGAUCCCAAUCCAAUCAAAAUCAGCGAAAAGGAAAGUCAAAAGAUUCCGUAAGAAUUACUCCAGCAUCGGGAUGGAUAAAGCAGCCCCCGAAUACCUCCGCUGAAGGUUCGUUGAGGUUUGGAUUUACUCAUUACAGGACGCAAGGAAUGAUUAGAAUACACAUUGAUCAAUACCGAAGGAAAUCACCCGGAAAGCAGAUGAACAUGUAUGUGAAGAUUAAUAUAUGCUGCGAUGGAAAGCGGAUUGUCGAUAAAAAAAGAAAAUACAAAACCAGGCCUGUGAAAGACAGAACAUCAUUUGUAUACAAAAAAGAUUUAAAUAUCACUGUGAAAGAUGGCUUUGAAAAUAAAUUCUUAUUGGUGACAGUUUGGGAAAAUGGAGUACGACAUAAGCUCGUUAGUGGAAUACUUAUGGACAUCGAUGGUUCUUCAAAUAGUCCGGUCAAAUGGCAAGACCUCAAAUCGGAAUCGGAGAUCGACAUGGAAAUUCUGGAAACUGCAAAACUCAAACCGAGUAUUCUUCUGGAUGGGGAAACUGACAGAAGUUACCAGCAAUCAAACAUCAUACUGGAACAAUCACCAAAGUUUUCUUCCGGAAAUAAAGCUGAUGAUAAUAAGAGUAAGGAGGUCGAUCUAAAACCUAAGGGACUACCAAAUCUUGGUAAUACCUGUUACGCAAACAGUGUGCUCCAGGACUCUGACAGAAGUUACAAGCAAGCAAACAUCAUACCGGAACAAUCACCAAAGUUUUCUUCCGGAUAUAAAGCUGAUGAUAAUAAGAUUAAGGAGGUCGAUCUAAAACCUAAGGGACUACCAAAUCUUGGUAAUACCUGUUACGCAAACAGUGUGCUCCAGGACUCUGACAGAAGUUACAAGCAAGCAAACAUCAUACCGGAACAAUCACCAAAGUUUUCUUCCGGAUAUAAAGCUGAUGAUAAUAAGAUUAAGGAGGUCGAUCUAAAACCUAAGGGACUACCAAAUCUUGGUAAUACCUGUUACGCAAACAGUGUGCUCCAGGACUCUGACAGAAGUUACAAGCAAGCAAACAUCAUACCGGAACAAUCACCAAAGUUUUCUUCCGGAUAUAAAGCUGAUGAUAAUAAGAUUAAGGAGGUCGAUCUAAAACCUAAGGGACUACCAAAUCUUGGUAAUACCUGUUACGCAAACAGUGUGCUCCAGGACUCUGACAGAAGUUACAAGCAAGCAAACAUCAUACCGGAACAAUCACCAAAGUUUUCUUCCGGAUAUAAAGCUGAUGAUAAUAAGAUUAAGGAGGUCGAUCUAAAACCUAAGGUGAGUAUAGAUGAUAACUCAACAAUGAAAGCCACCAGCAGACCAGGUUACCUUUACCGAUUUUAUAGGAAUGAAUCUUAGUAUAUAUCUUUGUAAGAGUAAAUUCAUGAUACUUUUACACAAACUCAAUAUUAUAAUAUUUUAUGCAAAUCUUCCUUAAAUCUUUAUUUCGUCAUGAUCUGUCAAGCGGCACUUUGUACUCUGUUGGCUAUGUCUUUAGUUUGUUUAUUUUAUUUUCAUUGUACCUAUCACAGGGGCACUAUUUAAUAAAUAUAUAUUAACAGAUUUAUAUACCUCACACACUAUGAAACCAAUAUCGAGAUUGAUGUCGAGUAAACGAUCAAGACAAAUGUUGAUGAAGCAAAGAAUAUUUAAUUGAAUUAUUUGUUUUAUUACAUGUAUGCUAUACAUUUUAUCAUAGAC